AUGGAAUUUAGAUCCUUUCAAUUCUCAGAACUGACAACAGUUAACCUUUUGCAAUCAAGGGAAAAUGAUGAUGAUGAGGAGGAGGAGGAUGACGAUGAUGACGACGACGAUUAUGAUCAUGAUGAGGCUAAAAGUGAUCCUGAUUUUUAUCAUACUACGUGGUUGUUUGAGACGAAGGAGACUUACGGGUAUGGAAAUGGUGGGUGGCCUAAAGAUGGGUAUGGUGCUGGUUUUGAGAAUUGGAAGGAUUCUAAAUUUUAUGGAGAAAAGGAGAAAAUCGCGAAGAGAGGAGAAAUGUAUUCUUUGUUGUUUGAUCCAGCUUAG